AUGGGAGAAGCAUCUCUGUCUCUUACCUUUCUGUGCCAGGGAUUUGCAUUUGCUAUUCCACAGUCUAUCGCGCGAGCGCAGUCUCCGAAGCUCGCAGCUUCUCUCGAUGCCGCUCAAGAAAUAUCUCAGAAUCCGGUUGUCACUGUCAAAGACUUCUCCUUGGACACAGUAAACUGUAUGGUUGAAUUCUUCAAGUCUGGUUGCUACGAAGUUGACCGAAGGAACUUUCCCAGUGUGCUGCAAGCUGUUGGAGGUUCACCAGCGCCGGAGCAUUUCAUGCGCGAUGUAUUAACCUGUCACCUUCAAAUCUGCGCCAUUGGAACCCACUAUGGCUUUUCCAAGUUAUGCGAGCUGGCCAGGGACAACAUCCAAAAGGUCUUCGGAGGGAAAUGGUUUGACUCGGUUUUCCUUUUCACUGCCGCCAUUGUCUUGAAGUCAAAAGACGAUGAAUUGCAAAAGCUACUUGUGACUCUUGCGAGGGGGCACCUGCAUUCUCUGACAACUUCGAACGGCUUCGACCAUGCGACGAUGCUCAAAAGUUUUCAUCCCAAGCUUCGAGAGCAAGACAAUAUUCUCCAACAAAAGGGAGAUCAAACGAAAUCAGCAGCGGGCCCAUCGAGCCAGAAAGAGAGUUCCACCGAGAUUGAGGCCCUCCGACUCCAAGUCUCUUCUCUUAAACAACAAGUAAUAUCAGUCUCCAGUGAGCGAGACCAACUCCGAGAGCAGAUAUCUGCUUCUUCAGUCAAGAGGGAAGAACUACGACAGAGCCACGCGAAUAUUUCUGCGGAGCGAGACUUAUUGUGGAAGCUUAGAGUUACAAGAUCCGAGACCGGCUUGCUCAGGGCCAGAUGGGCUAAGGAGAAGACAAAGUCGUCGAUUCUGACACAAGAGAACGACGACCUCAAGAAAUCACUCGAACUCGAAAGACGUAGCAGGGUCAGCAUUGCGGAAUUUGCACGAGACGAUGUUCGAAAUGCCCUUAAAGACGAGCAGAAGGUGACAACAGACUUGACCACCAAGCUCACCCAAGCGUCACAGGCCCUUGAGACAGAAAGAAAGCGCACAGCAACUCUAGUGCAAGAAGUCACUCAGACCAAGAGGAACCUUGAACUGGAGAGACAAAGGAAUACUGGCAUGUCUCUAGGGGAGCGAGCCAGAAUGCGCGAAACUAUUGAUGCCCAGAAAAGCGAAAUCUCGGCGCUCGUUAAUGGACGAGAGGAGAUGAAGAGGGAACUAAAGAUGGUGAGAACUGAGAAGAAAAAUGAGGUUGACAGAAAAUGGGAGGUCACCAACAAGAUGAUGCGUUAA